AUGUUAGGGAAGAAACCAUUGAAGCAGCCUCAACUUCCUACAAGACCUCUCAAUAGGGAUAAACUGUUCACUUCAGAAUAUUCGGCAGGUCUUUUUAGUUUGGAUGGAUCUGAAAAUGUAAAUUCAUGCAAUCCUCAAUAUCAUUUGGAAUUUCCAAAUAACAUGAUUAUGGAUUUUGUUGCAAGAAAUAAACGUGCCCCUUGUGGUAAUUCUGAAGCCAAGCUACCACCACCCAAGAGACCAAAGUUGGAGUCAGCUUUUAAUGUCUCUUUAGUUGAUAACAGAAGUUCCGAUAACUGGGAUCACGAGAUGGUCAAACCUUAUUUUCUUGAAGCUUUUCCAAAAUUGCAGGAACAGUCAGAAUCUCCCAUUUCUUGUAUCUAUUCUGAUGUUAAUAUAUCAGGUGAGCCAGACCCUAAUAUGCAUACUCUUUGCAACUAUACUAUUGCUGCUGAUAAUGAGGGCAUACAAGACAAAAUUGGGUUCAACCAGGAGGCUGUGAUAAAUGCUACAAAGAAAGUUAUUAAGCCUUAUGAUUCAAAUCCAGUGCUUGAUUCUAUUAGUCAGAAGAAGACUGAUGACACAUCUGAACCGAUUUUCAGACAUACAAAAAAAACUUCGGUUCAACCAGGAGGCUAUGAUAAAUGCUACAAAACAGUCAUUGAGCCUGAUGAUUCAAAUCCAGCUGUUGAUUCUAUAAGCAUUAGUCGGAUGAAGACUGAUGAUACAUCUGAACCAAUUUUCAGCAGUGAAAUAAUUAGCUUUGAAGACAUAGAAGUUGUUAAUAUAACAAAUGAGCCAGACCCCACUAUGCAUACUCUUUACAACGAUACUAUUGCUGCUGAUAAUAAGGCCAUACAAGACAGAACUGGGUUCAACCAGGAGGCUGGGAUAAAUUCUACAAACAAAGUCAUUGAGCCUGAUGAUUCAAAUCCAAUGCUUGAUUCUAUAAGCAUUAGUCAGAUGAAGACUGAUGAUACAUCUGAACCGAUUUUCAGUAGUGAAAUAAUUAGCUCUGAAGACUUAGAAGUUGUUAAUAUAUCAGAUGAGCCGGACCCCACUAUGCAUACUCUUUGCAACGAUACUAUUGUUGCUGAUAAUAAGGGCACACAAGACAGAACUGGGUUCAACCAGGAGGCUGGGAAAAAUGCUACAAACAAAGUCAUUGAGCCAAAAGCUGAUCAACAAAUGGAAAAAAAGUUCUCAAAUGCAACAGUUAAUAUUGUUUCCUUAACUGAGAUUUUCACUAGUAAUCAAAUAAAAGAACACAUUAUGAGUCUGAGAAAGAAAUUUAUUCAGAAUACGUUUGAGGAAGAAACGGGAAUGAAUGCUAACACAUGCCAUUUAUGUUCAAUGCAAAAGCUAUUUUUUGAACCAGUGCCCAUUUAUUGCUUCUGUUGCGACAUCCGCAUCAAGCGAAAUGCAUUCUAUUAUUAUAAAAAAGCAGAAGAGUUUGAUACACAGAAUUGCUUUUGCACCUUGUGCUAUAAGAAUUCUCGAAGCGGGCACAUCACAUUCAAUGGGGUAUCUGUUUCCAAGACACUUCUUGAUAGAAGGAGAAAUGAUGAAGUAAUUGAAGAAGCGUGGGUACAAUGUGAUAAAUGCAAAAGAUGGAAACAUCAAAUAUGUGCACUCUAUAACAAUAAAAGAGAGUUGGAUUGCGGAGAUGAGUACAUAUGUCCUAUACGCCGCUUAAAGGAUAUUGAAAAUGGAAUGCAUGUACCCUUACCAAAGACUGCUAUUUUUUGUGCCAAGGACUUGCCAAGCACCAUGCUCAGCGAGCACCUUGAGAAAAGACUUUUUAGUCGGCUCAUGCAAGAGAGAGAAGAUAGGGCAAAAGUUGAAGGGAGUGAAAAUUUUGAUGAGAUUGAAGGAGUGGAUGUAUGCCUUUUUGGAAUGUAUGUCCAGGAGUUUGGCUCGGAAUGUGGCUACCAGAAUCAGUGUUGUGUAUAUAUUUCAUAUCUUGAUUCUGUUAAGUAUUUUAGGCCUGAAAGAGCGGCUAUGAGUGGAGAAGCUCUUCGAACCUUCGUUUACCAUGAGUUAUUGACCACAUUUCACCUUGGGUUCAUUUACUAUGUCAAUUAA